AUUGUAACUUUACAAAAUCAGUCCACAAGAUGGCCAUAUCUCGGCUUAGGCUGGGAUUUCGGAUCGGUUUUGCCGCCGUGGGCACCCUAGUAGGGCUGUCUGCGGUUAUCUGUUGGAUACAGGUGUUCAAGAGCUACGAUACAGCGGCUUUUGGUGGCGUUUCAGGUCUCACUGCGGCUGUGGCCCUGGUCGUCCACAUCCUCUAUGCACGUGACCAAUGGCAGACCUGGUAUGGCUGGCUGCGCGGGCUGAUGCUGUCUGGCUGCUUCGUGCAGCUGGCUGGAGUCUGCGGAUUUGUCACCUACCUGGUGCUGGGCAUCACCAACCACCAUGUGCUGAAGCCUGACAGUUACUACCUGACGUGUGUUUGGUGCUUCUUGACUUGGAAGUGGGGCUUCCUGCUCUUCCUGUACUCCAGGAUGUACAGGCGGGAAUUCGACCCAACCUACCAGCGUAUGGCCGAACCAGCAGAUGUCAAGGUGUAGUGGAACUACUGUAGGUACAUGUACCUAAAUGUUAUAUUAGGUACAGGUGUUUACUAGUCCAUACAGGUACUUGUACCUGAGCAAAGCAACAAAAUAACCUGUGGUGUCAAGUUCAAAGAUCACAGAAGCAGUAAACAGAAUUUUCAUUAAGAAGUUUGGACCUGUACCUAAAAGUUUUGAUUUUUUUAUUGUACCAGCACCCCAUAUAAUGCAGCCGUAGGAUGUGUUCUAGAGACCUAGUUAUGAAGCUUGUAAAUAUCUGAAUAAUAAGAGAUAAUCUAGCAUCAUUAAUUUGUGCAGUUGCAGUAUGUUUUCCAAUCAGCAUCAUAAAUGUACAUGUACUGUAACUUGUGUCUUCUCACUAAAGUUUGCAGUAAUGUAAAAUUACGUCUGUUUGACACAGAUUGUUUCCAAGUUUAACUAGAAAAUAUUCAAAUUAUUCAAGACUAUCUAAUCAGCUAGUUCAUCCAUGUAAUGUUGUUUUUUACAUUUUAAUAUAAAUCAUAACUAAUUUUCUUAUAUAAAAAUGAUAGAUGAUUAAGAAAAUUGGUUGGAAAUUGAUUUUCAAAUGAAAAGCACCAGUGUCAGGCUCACAUUGUAUGUCACAAUUGUUUCCUUGACAAUUGAAUUUUUCAUCUAUGUUUGUGUGUACAAAGCAAGUACUAUUAUAUUAUCUGAUAGUUUCAUGUCAAUGCAGUGUCGACUGAAAUUAAUUUGAAAAAAAUCAUGGAGCAACUCAGACAUUUUCCUCAGUCAAUUUUUCAAUUAAAAACGUCUGUAUGAUUGUAAUUGUAAUGAAAUAUAGCAAAUGCUACUUACAUGUAGUAUAUUCAAAAGGAAAUAAAUAGUAUCAUUGUUGCAGUAGUAACCCUAUAGAUGAUUUUAAUUAAUAUGGUUUAGUUAUGGACAUAAUAGUCUGUUGGCUUCAAAAUCAAUAAAUCAAGCUAUUUUCAUCAAAUCUGUAUGGACAUGGAAUUCAUUUUUGUGUGAAAUCUGUCACAUGUAGGACAUACAGGGUUGCUGUUUAUCUAGUUGGAAGGCCUGUACAGAAAUAGAUGAUUUCCAACAGCCUCACAUCACAACAAAUUCAUAAUCAUUUCAGUCAAAUUACGA